CCUUCCUUCGGUGUCGAUGCGGUAACAAAACGGCAGACUGAGCGUGCUCACAAAGUGAAGUAAAUUGUGCAGCAAGUGUUGAGUGGCACCGUUGGAUGUCAGGAAUGGGGACCAUCCCAAAUGACAUCAGGAGACUACUGGAUGACUGUGAGCUGUUUGUGUCGGACAUCCUCCAGAAUGAGAAGCUGAGCGAAAGUACGGAGGAGACGCGCCAAAUCUUGCUGAAUAAUUUCAGGGUGGUGCACGUGAGAAACCCUCAGGAAUUCCCCUUGCGGUUGUCAGCUGACUUGAGGGAGGAAGAUGGUUCCGAUGACAACCGCAGCUCCAGUUUGGGUCGCUCUGCCCCGUCCGACGACGCCUCGCUAGCCUCCGACUACCAGGACGAUGGAGCGCCCGAGUUCUUUGAGGACAUCCCCUUCACAGCAGCACAGGACCUCAACAACGUCCUGAAGCAAGGUUAUUUGGAAAAGAGACGUAGAGAUCCCAGCUUCUUUGGCCCCGGGUGGCAGAGGCGCUGGUGCGUCCUCAACAAUUCCAUAUUCUUCUACUUUGGGAGUGACAAAGAUAAACAACAGAAAGGCUCGUUUUACAUAAACGGCUACAGCGUCCAGCUCGUCGCCAACGUGAGGAAGGACUCCAAAAAGAACGCCUGCUUUGAGCUCUUUGCUCCCGGCCGGAGAACUUUUCAGUUCACUGCCAGCAGUCCUGAGGAGGCUCGAGAGUGGGUCAACCACAUCAGUUUUGUCCUGCGAGAUCUCAGCUCCAGCACCAUUCCUUUCGAUGAGGACGAGGAGGAUGAUGAAAGUGGCGACGAAGAGGGGACCUACGAUGACAUCGACGACGUCAACCACUCAGCCCCGCCUUGGCCCGCGGCCCCAGAUGUAGGAAGGUGGCAGGGGGAGGACGAGGACGAUGAAGUCUACAUCUACGAGGUCCUGCCAGAUGAGGACUUCCCAGAUCCACCAGACGAGUGCCUGGAGACGGCCAACGAAACAGAGUUUGCCAACUACUACCAGGCUGUGUGGCACUGCCAGGCCGACCAGCCAGACGAGCUGUCCUUCGCCAGAGGAGACCUCAUCUUCAUCCUCAGCAAGGCGUACAACAUUCACGGCUGGUGGGUCGGCCAGCUGAACGGCAUUGUGGGUAUCGUCCCCAAAGACUUCCUGCACCCCGCCUACAUCCUGUGAGCCGCGGCAGGCGGCCCUCAAUGAAAACCAGUUUUAUCUACGAAGACGCCUGCUGCUAAAGAAGCAACCCCAAAGCCAGCUGCAAAGAAAGGUGUGCACAAACUACACUUAGAUGGACAACAAUUAUAGAUAUCCAUAAGUUGUUGGUUAUUAUUCUCAAGAAGCAGGAAGUUAUUUAUUAACUUCAAAGAAGAAUAUUGUGCAUCCCUGAUAUAAACAUUUCAGAUGAACCCUAAGGUGCAUGUAUCUCUUUGUGCCACGAGGUGGCAGUGUUGCCCCAAUGUCAAUAACAGCAAAACAUGAAGCAGUUAGUCGAUGUGCACGUUGAAGCAAGACUUUUAUUGUCACCUUUGCCAGGUUCACAUGUCAAAAACAAAAUGGUGAAAAAAAUUCAGCAGCGAUGAUGAACAGCUAAAAGGAAAAUGUACGCAAGUUAAUGGAAUAAAAGUGUGUCACAGGUGAGAA